AUGACGUCGUUCAUCCUGUCUCUCUGUGUCUCUUCUGGACGUGAGGACUCACCCAGCAUCACUGUCAAUCAACAUCUCUCAUUUGAUGGAGUGAGGAAAUCUCUCUCUGAUCUGAAAAAGAGACUCGAGGAAUUCUGCCAGGAGGAACUCAUCAAAAUCCCUGAACAUGUUGAAGAUGUUCAGAUUUUACUCUCAGAGCCAAAGAGCAGAGACGAGUUUCUGAAAUAUUUCUGUGAUCUGACUCUGGAUCCCAACACAGUACAUUAUUACCUCAUUCUGUCUGAGAAGAACAGAGUGGUGACGUACACUGAGAGAUAUCAGCCGCACUCUGAUCAUCCAGAGAGAUUUGACAACUACUGGCAGGUGUUGUGUAAGGAGAGAGUGUGUGGACGCUGUUACUGGGAGGUGGAGUGGAGCAGUGAGGAUUAUGUGUUAAUAUCAGUCUCAUAUAAAGACAUCAGAAGGAAAGGACGGGGUAAUGAGUGUGUGUUUGGAUUCAACAAUCAGUCCUGGAGUCUGCGGUGUUCUUCUUCUUCCUCUAUCUCUUUCUGGCACAACAGCAUUGGGACUGAUGUCAGAGUUCCAUCCCCCUCCAGAAUAGGAGUGUAUGUGGAUCACAGUGCAGGAACUCUGUCCUUCUACAGCGUCUCUGACACGAUGAAGCUCCUCCACAGAGUCCACACCACAUUCACUCAGACUCUAUACGCUGGGUUCUGGUUUGACUGGGAUUUUAGGGUAAAUUCAGUCCCAACUGUGAGGUUGUGCAAUCCAAAAAAAUAAUGAGUUUUUGGUGUUUUAUAGUCACUAAUUUGUUGAUUAAAAAAGAACUCCAUGCACAUUUCCUUAUUGAUCCUCAAUUGUGAAAAAAAAUUACGAACAUUAAAUCAUUAAAAACACUAAAUGUUAAAACUCUGCAUUUCGCCUCAGUCUAGAAUCAUCAGUUACAGAUAUAAAGGAAAUGAAAUUGUAAGAUCUGAAUGUAUGGCCAAUAAAAUAUAAAAUCUCUACUGAUUUCUGAAAUUAGUGCAGCAAAAUGCCUGAACUUUCUCUAAAGUCUGCAUUUAUUGGGUUUUAUGUUUGUAAAUAUAAUAAUUUGUAAUUUGGUAAUAAUGCUUUGGUUAAAAUGUUUACUGACUCUAAUAAACCCUU